AUGGAUACCACAACAGUUAAACACAUCGCCGCCUCCGGUGGUGAUGAGUCUCAAUGCAAGCUAUUCAUAUUGCCCGCCGAGCUGCGCAACCAGAUCUACGAGCUCGUCUUGAUGCCAUCCGAGAUCAAGGACAGCAUUGACCUUCCACAAGCUGCACCACCGAGCGGCCCCCUCAUCAUGACCUGUCGCCGCAUCUACCACGAGGCGGGAGCCAUGUAUCGGAGGGUAAAUCGAGACUACUGGACUACGACACACUUCACAAUGCAGAACACGAAAGCAGAAGCUGGGGACCCUAAGGGCAUGGACGCCAUAGACGCAAUGACGGAGACCCUCAAUCAUCUUAAGGACCGCGAUCUCCACUAG